AUGGAAUCUCCUGCUGAAACGCAAAAGGUCCUUACAUGCUGUAAAUUGCUUAACUCAACGCCGGCUAAAAUCACCCCCAAGCGGUUCCUGCAAAUCUUCCUCGACUCGGGUAGCUCGGAGAUUGCAUACUUGCGUCGCCUUUGGGCCCAGCCAAGGGGCAUUAGUUCCACCAUGGACCUAGUGCAUCUCCUGCGUCGAGAGAUCCUCAGCACCCCCGAAGGGAGCAAGGAGUGGACGGCCUUUAUUCAAGAGGAGGCCAUCCAGAUUCUUGUCUCGCAGGAGGCGCCUAGAGGGAAUUAUCCCAACGGGUCUUUUCACAGCUCAUUGACCGUCAAGGGGUCGUUCUUCGAUUCGCGGGAGCAACUCAUUCAACAGUCGCUCAUGACUGAGGAGCACAUGCCCUUCCUGUAUGGGCUCAUCAAUGGGAUGCUCCGAGCCCGUGUGGUUGCUCAGGCGCAUGUGGGUGGUGAAGACGAAGCCGAAGAUGAGUCGUUGGAUGAUGAUCAACUUUCCACACCGCAAGGAUUUGGUGAAGUUAGAUACUACCAAGGCCUCUCGGGUGUGGAGAGAGUUCAUGCUCGGUUUGCAAGGAUCGCCUCGACGGUCUGUUCAAUGGUAGCAUUUGCUCAUAACCGCAGGCACAAUGCGUUGCAGUUGAACAAUGCCGUCCGCUUCACUGCCUGCGGUGUCUCCGAGCGGGUACAUGAUUAUCUUCAUUACCUCGGUUUAUGUUCUUCCCGAAGGACCGCGAUGAGCGCCUUGAAGACACUGUCUAUAGAGGGUCAAGAAGCGAUCAAGGAGGUAAUGUCUAUCCAGGCAAACAUCCCCAUCGCACCGACCAUCUGCAUUGACAAUAUCGACAUGGAGCAAGGAGUCCACAACUUAUCUGUCGGUAACAGGUCCAAGACCUUCCGGGGAACAUGGGGUUAUGUUCAUGUUCCCAAUAUCUCAUUGAUCCGUUCGCUCAAUCCAGAGGAGCUCACCUUGGCCGCAUAUCGCGAAUCUUUAAUCAAGGCCAAGUCGUUCUCGAUCGAGCCAAAGCAUUUCUUGCCCAGCCACGAGGCAGCCCUUAGCGAAAUGCGAGUGUGGAAGAGUCAGAUUGCUAAGGUGCUCAUGGAUCAUAUUGCAGUCCCUUCGGUCAAAUGCACCUCCAUACCCACAGAGCCCCCCGCUAUUGAAGUCAUUAGCAAUGAGAAACCAACCAUACACAUGCUCAAGCUGAUGGAUGUCUCUGACAACUCAGCGGAGAGCAUUGGGCAAGUGUUCUCGACCCUGCUUCUUCAAUCGGGACUGACCGCCGAGGAAUUUUAUGGCCGCCUCCAGCCAAUGGAUGGCGACUUGGGUACCGUUCAGAACUUCAAUAGUCUGAGAUCCCAGCGGACCCCCAGCCCUUACGGGAAGGAGAGCCUGAACAACAUCGUGUUUCAGCUUGGGGCAUCUCAUACGCUGUGGAAUGUGGCAUCGACGAUUUUCAGUCACCAUUUUGGUGAUUCAUCCGACCAGUCCAAUGUUGGCGCUUGGCAGUUUUUGGAGGCCUUGGGUUUCCCAUCUGAAAAGGCCAUCCAGAAGAAGGAUUUUACUUUGAUGAUCAAUCAAAUGGAAAGAAUUUUGGAGGCCACUUUGUACUAUUGUUUGCGUGUGGUCAUGAAGACCCAGUAUCAAGAGGCAGGAGAGAAGCGGAUCACUAUCUCAUCGGAGCAAUGGAACACUAUUGUAGACACUUGUUAUAAGCGAUUCUGUUCCCCUGAAGCCCGCUCUGCAGCAGAUCUAGUCUCCAACCCAAAGCUGAGCAACACAAUGAUCAUGUUGCACGACUUCUCAUCCGUUGUAGAAGCCAAGAGGGCCAUGCAGGCAGGUGAUAUCGGCCGACUCAUGAUGGUGUGGAAGAAAUGGUGCAUCAUGACGCAGGGGCUAAAGGGACUUACCAACUACUCAUCUUAUCUCCCUCGUAUGGUCCUACUACUCACCGAGAUCCUGCCCCCAGGCCUUUCAAAGUUCCUGAAACACAACUUGUUAUUCUCACCAACGGGCCGAAAGGGGCAUUUUGUAGCCAAGGAUAAUUACCUAGAAUGCCAGAAUUAUUGGUUAAAGUAUGUUUACAACAACACCGGUAAUGGGACCAAGAUCGAUCGCCUUCAAGACCUCUUUUCAGUCAACAUCAUCUUGCAUAAGAUGACUUAUGCUGUUCGACUUAUUCACUCAGUUACAGAAGAUGUUUGA